AUGGAGGCUUCCAAUCUUUCUCCAUUGCUUUUGUUCUUCUUCUACUUCUCACUAUUGCAAACUUCCAUCAUUGCCACAAAAAAGUCUUACAUUGUUUACUUGGGUUCGGAACGCUCCUCUUCUCUGGAUCCUUCCUCUUUAUCGGAGCAUUCCCGACAAGUGACCGCGUUUCAUUAUGAUUUGUUGGGAACUUUAUUGGGAAGUCAAAAGAUGACUGAGGAAGCGAUUUUCUACUCCUAUACUACAAGUUUCAAUGGUUUCGCAGCCAAACUUGAUGAGAAAGAAGCCGCAAAUCUAGCAAGAAACCCUAAGGUGAUAUCAGUGUUUGAAAACAAGGCAAGAAAAUUGCACACAACACGGUCAUGGAAUUUCCUUGGAGUGGAGAACGAUGUAGGAAUUCCCUCAAACUCCAUUUGGAAUGCUGCAAAGUUUGGUCAAGAUAUAAUCAUAGCCAACAUUGACACAGGUGUUUGGCCAGAAUCAAAGAGCUUUAGUGAUGAAGGGUAUGGACCUGUGCCAUCAAAGUGGAGGGGAAUUUGUCAAACCGACUCCAACUUCCAUUGCAAUAGAAAGCUCAUCGGAGGAAGAUAUUUCUACAAAGGAUAUGUAGCCGCCGGAGGCACUCUCAAUGCCACUUCACUCACCGUACGCGACCACGACGGUCAUGGAACCCACACUCUCUCAACCGCCGCCGGAAACUUCGUCACCGGAGCCAACGUUUUCGGCCACGGCAGCGGCACGGCCAAAGGCGGUGCUCCAAAAGCCCGGGUCGCCGCCUACAAGGUCUGCUGGCCUCCAUUCUUAGGCUCACAAUGUUUGGACGCCGAUAUUCUCGCCGCUUUCGAAGCCGCUGUCGCCGAUGGAGUAGACGUCAUAUCGACUUCCCUUGGUGGAGCUGCUGAUGAAUAUUUCAACGAUCCACUUGCUAUCGCCGCCUUCCACGCCGUUCAACAAGGCGUCGUCGUCGUCUUCUCAGCUGGAAACUCCGGUCCUUUUCCGAUGACCGUCACCAAUAUUGCCCCCUGGAUAAACACCGUCGCGGCGGGCACCGUGGACAGAGAUUUCGCCAGUAAUGUGGCGCUUGGAAACAAAGAAGGUGUUAGCCUUUCUUCAAUUGCUCCAUUACCGAAGAAGUUCUAUCCAUUGAUUGAUUCUGUGAAUGCGAAACUCAGCAAUGUCACCGAAUUCCAUGCCCGAUUUUGCGGCGAGGGGACGCUUGAUCCGAUGAAGGUGAAAGGAAAGAUAGUGAUUUGCCAAGUAGGGGAGAUUGAAGGAGUAGAAAAGAGCUAUCAAGCUGCUCGAGCUGGUGCUGUGGGAGUAAUUGUGGCUAACGAUAUUGAAAAAGGAGACGAAAUUUAUCCCGAAUUACACUUCAUUCCAGCUUCUGAUAUUACCAAUAACGAUGCUCAAUUACUCCAAAAAUACCUCAACUCCACCACAACACCAAUGGCUCAUUUAACCAAGGUCAAAACAUUGCUGAAUAUCAAACCAGCUCCAAUCAUUGCUACCUUCUCUUCCAGAGGCCCCAACCCAAUUGAUCCCUUCAUUCUCAAGCCUGAUAUAACAGCACCUGGUGUGAAUAUAUUGGCUUCUUAUUCCACUGGAAAUGCUCCGACGUUCUCCUCCAACGACCAACGUCGCAUUCCUUUUAAUGUUAUCUCUGGCACUUCCAUGUCUUGCCCUCACAUUGCGGGUAUUGCCGGCCUUCUUAAGUCCAUUCAUCCUGAUUGGAGCCCCGCUGCCAUCAAAUCUGCUAUUAUGACCACUGCCAAAACAAGGGGCAACAACUUGCAAACGAUUCUCGACUCGACGAAACUCAAAGCCACGUCGUACGCUUAUGGCGCAGGAAUGGUACAUCCAAAUGAUGCGAGGGACCCUGGCCUUGUUUAUGAUACCACUAUUGAAGAUUACUUAAAUUUCUUGUGUGCUCGAGGCUAUAAUGCAAUGGAAAUGAAAAAAUUCUAUGCUAAGCCAUUUAAUUGUGUUAAAUCAUUCAAAGCCACAGAUCUCAACUACCCGUCGAUCUCGGUUGGGGUACUGAGAAUUGGUGCUCCCGUGACGAUCAAUAGAAGAGUUAAGAGUGUGGGAAGUCCAGGCACAUAUGUUGCACGAGUCAAGGUGUCACCUGGAGUUGCGGUUUUGGUUGAGCCAAGGACGUUGCAGUUUAGUAGUGUGGGUGAAGAGAAGGCCUUCAAGGUUGUAUUGCAAAACACAGGGAAAGUGAAACGUGGAGAUGUGUUUGGAACAUUGAUUUGGUCUGAUGGGAAGCAUUUUGUUAGAAGUCCCAUUGCAGUACAUUUGGGACCAGGGUCUAUGAGUCUGUUGGGGGCUGCAGUUAUGGAUCGUUGGGAUAAUCUUUCAGGGAUUGGAGUGGUUUCUCGUUGGAUUCCUCCUCCUACCCUUAGAUUAUCCUGCGAUGGGGGUGGGGGCAUUGGGUUGGCCAUGGAGGCUUUCAAUCUAUCUUCAUUGCUUUUGUUGUUUUUUCUUUUCCCUUUGUUGCAAACUUCCACCAUUGCCACCCAAAAGUCUUACAUUGUUUACUUGGGAUCACAUUCACACGGGUCGAAUCCUUCUUCGGUCGAUCUUCAAAUCGCAACAGAAUCUCACUAUAGUUUACUUGGAUCAUUGUUAGGAAGCAAUGAGGCAGCCAAGGAAGCAAUUUUCUACUCAUACAACAGACAUAUCAAUGGCUUUGCAGCCAUGCUUGACCAUAAAGUAGCAGAAGAUUUAGCAAGAAAUCCUGCUGUGGCAUCUGUUCAUGAGAACAAAGGAAGAAAACUGCACACAACAAGUUCAUGGAAAUUUCUUGGAGUAGAGCAUGAUGAUGGAAUUCCUACAAAAUCUAUUUGGAAUCUUGCAAGUUUUGGUGAAUCUACAAUCAUUGCCAACCUUGACACAGGCGUUUGGCCAGAAUCAAAGAGUUUCAGUGAUGAAGGAUAUGGACCUGUUCCCACAAGAUGGAAAGGAAGUUGUGAGGGUGGCUCCAAAUUUCAUUGCAACAGGAAGCUGAUUGGAGCAAGGUAUUUCAACAAAGGGUAUGCAGCUUAUGUGGGAUCUCUCAAUGCAACCUAUGAAACAGCAAGAGACCAUGAUGGACAUGGAACACACACUUUAUCAACUGCUGGAGGCAAUUUCAUUUCAGGAGCUAAUGUAUUUGGGAAUGGUAAUGGCACUGCAAAAGGAGGGUCCCCUAAAGCCCUUGUUGCUGCCUAUAAAGUAUGCUGGCCUCCAGUGGAUUCUGGUGGUAGUUGUUUUGAUGCUGACAUUUUAGCAGCCAUUGAAGCUGCUAUUAGUGAUGGAGUUGAUGUUCUUUCACUUUCACUUGGUGGAGAUUCCAAAGAUUUUUCCGACGACGUAGCAGCUAUCGGUGCCUUCCAUGCCGUUCAACAAGGUAUUGUCGUCGUUUGUUCUGCAGGAAACUCUGGACCGGCUCCAGGGACUGUAGAAAAUGUGGCACCCUGGAUCUUUACUGUGGGUGCUAGCACAAUCAACAGAGAGUUUACCAGUUAUGUGGCCCUUGGAAACAAGAAGCAUAUCAAGGGUGCAAGUCUUUCUGAUAAAAUAUUGCCAGCCCAGAAAUUCUAUCCAUUGAUCAGUGCUGCAUAUGCAAAAGCAAACCAUGUCUCUUUCGAUGACGCCCAACUGUGUGAGGAGGGGUCACUUGAUCCCAGAAAGGUAAAAGGGAAGAUUAUAAUUUGCCUUAGAGGGGAAAAUGCAAGAGUGGAUAAAGGUUAUGUGGCAGCUCAAGCAGGUGCUGUUGGAAUGAUUCUUGCUAACACUGAGCAAAAUGAGGAUGAACUUAUAGCUGAUGCACACCUACUUCCUGUUUCCCAUGUAAGCUAUACUGAUGGCCAAUCAAUCUACCAAUACAUCAAUUCCACCAAAACUCCAAUGGCUUACAUGACUCAUGCAAGAACAGAGCUGGGAAUCAAACCAGCACCAGUUAUGGCUUCAUUCUCAUCAAGAGGUCCCAACACGAUGGAGGAGUCAAUACUCAAGCCUGAUAUAACAGCACCUGGUGUCAAUAUCCUAGCAGCCUAUUCUGAAGAUGCAUCGCCAAGCGGUUCGUCGUUUGAUAAUCGUCGAAUUCCAUUUAAUAUAGUAUCUGGAACUUCCAUGUCAUGUCCCCACAUUUCUGGUAUUGUUGGCCUUCUCAAGACUCUUUAUCCAAAAUGGAGUCCAGCAGCUAUCAAAUCUGCAAUCAUGACCACAGCUGAAACCAGAGCCAAUGACAAACAUCCAAUACUAAAUACAGAGGAGCUCAAAGCCAACCCAUUUGCAUAUGGUGCAGGACAUGUCCAGCCCAACAGAGCAAUGAACCCUGGGCUUGUUUAUGACCUUACCACCAAGGACUACUUGAAUUUCUUAUGUGUUCUAGGUUACAACAAAACACAAAUCAGCAAAUUCUCGAAUACGUCGUUCGUUUGUUCGAAGUCAUUCAAACUAACAGAUUUCAACUACCCAUCAAUCUCCAUACCCAACAUGAAACCAGGCCUUGUAACAAUCAAAAGAAGAGUUAAGAAUGUGGGAAAGCCAAGCACUUAUGUUGCUAGAGUGAAGGUACCCCCAGGAGCAUCAGUUUCAGUUAAGCCAAGUACAUUGAAGUUUACUGGAAUUGAUGAAGAGAAGAGUUUCAAAGUUAUUGUGGGGAGUGUUGCAGAUAACAAGCAUAGUAGAGGCUAUGUAUUUGGGUCUUUAGUAUGGGAAGAUGGGAAGCAUCAUGUUAGAAGCCCAAUUGUAGUGAAUUUGGGAUGAUUUGGUAAAAGAAAAACAUGAUGGUGAUGGAUCAUUAUAUUUCUUUUGAACAAGUUUUUUUCUACCUAAAUUCUACU